ACUCUAUCAAUUGCCACUCUGCAACAUACCGACGCCUUAUUGUAUUUGAAUGUUGACCUAAGAAAAUUCAAUUAACAAUCCCAACGCGCAAGUAAAUUAACCUAAUUGAAAUAUGGCCCCUAAGAAACGUACUGUAACCGAAGCAGCUUCGACGCCGGAGAUCAAUCGCAACUCUCGUCGCAGAUCCAACCGCAUCAGCCUCAGCAGUAAAAAAAGUACCUACUUCGAGGAUAAUAAUGACUCCGAUGAAGAGUUACCGCCUCGUAAAGCUGUUAAAGUUAGCGCCAAAGAGAGCUCUUCUAGACGAAGAAAAACCAAAGCCAACGUAGAGGAUGAGGAUGAUGAAUUACAGUAUAACGACGAUGAAAACACAUCCGAGGAUGAGGAUGAGGAUGGAGACGCCGCGUCUGAAGAGGACAACUCUGGAAGUGAAGCAAGUGUGCCAGUGAAACCAAAAAGGGGCCGCGGAAAACCUCCAAAACAACAGACUAAGACUACCGCGACUACGAAGAAGUCUAAUAAAAAAGCGCGGGUUCCGGAAAGACCGAAGACUGUAGAAAAGUCUCGGGGUUCGACGAAGACAAAAAAGGAGGCCGAUUCUGAAGAGGAUAGUGAUGAUGACGACGAUGACGAUGAGAAUCGUAUCACCUUCAUCCCAGCAAUCCAAUUAAGAGACACUGGUGGUGUGGACUAUGAGGAUAUUCGACUCCAUAAAAACACCUUCCUUUUCCUCAAAGAUCUUAAAGCCAACAAUCAGCGAAGCUGGCUUAAAAAAUACGAUGAAGAAUAUAGAAGGUCACUCAAAGACUGGGAGUCGUUCGUGGAGACCCUUACGACUAGGAUCACCGAGGCUGAUGAGACCAUUCCAUGGUUACCGAUCAAAGACGUCGUCUUCCGGAUAUACCGAGAUAUUCGGUUCAGUAAAGACCAGACACCAUAUAAGCCUCAUUACUCCGCAGCAUGGUCACGAACGGGUCGAAAAGGCCCAUACGCCUGCUAUUACGUACACGUCGAGCCCGGCCGGUGUCUGGUAGGCGGAGGCCUAUGGCACCCAGAGGCCGAUUCGUUAGCCCGAUUGCGCGCGAGCGUCGACGAGCGACCCCACCGUCUCAUUCGAGUUCUCAUGAACCCGGCGUUUCGCAAGACAUUCCUACCUAACGCGAAGGCCGGCAACGAGAAGUCCGUGGUAGCCGCGUUCGCGGCGCAUAACCAGACGGACGCGCUCAAGACAAAACCAAAGGGCUUCCACCCGGACCACAAGUAUAUCGAGCUUUUGAAGCUGCGCAACUACACCAUCACCAAGCAGCUCGACGAGUCGGACUUUCUCGCCGACGAUGCGCAGGACAAGGUGAUGGGCAUUAUCUCGGCCAUGGUUGAAUUUGUCACGUUUCUGAAUAGCGUCGUCAGGCCGGAUCCUGGCGCCGAUAGCGAUUCUGAUGAGUUAGGUGGCGGGACGGAAGAGCAUGAAGAUGGAGAAGAUGGAGAGGGUGAAGAAGAUGAAGAAUAGGGAAUAGGUAAUACUGUUUGUUUGCCUUGUGUCAGAUCCGGUGACGGCUAUAUUACGGGAACCUGAUAAAUACGGUUAACGGGUUGUGAAUAAUGUUUGUAUAAUACGAUAUGAUACUUUCUGCCGUCUUAUGCAGUAUCCAGAUGGAAGGUGCCCUAAUGUGUCUUACCUACAGCUUCUGCAGUUUCCCGUCGCAUUAGGUACAAGAGGAACCCGCAGUGGUAGUUGCAAUUUUUACACAUAGCGCCGCCCACUUGCCAUUUAGUCCAGACCCACGAUGUAGGAAGCCCUUGCCCUACGUGCAAACUUAGGUACCUACCUACCUACCUAACCCUCUGGCCUCACAUUUAAAAUCGGUAUCAUCUAAAG